CCCUCAAUACCACUCAGUGGUGAGGAUCUAUUGUUUAAUAAACGCGAAAAUAAACGAGAAUCCUUUGUCUUGAGGGGGUGUUUGGCUUUUGUUUUUUUUUAUUUUUUUUUUUUACAUAUAGAAAUAAUUUCUUUUAAAUUAACAAUCUUUAUCACGGGCACCGUAACAUCUUAGACGUCAUGUUUAAGCUGACGGUAGCUCUGACGGUCGUGGCUUUGGCCCUGGCUAGACCAGAACCGCCCGUGAAUUCAUAUUUACCACCAGGAAGAGGUGGUGGUGGACAAGGAGGAAAUUUCGGAGGCGGUAGUUCCGGUGGAAGACCUUCGGAUACAUACGGACCACCUGGUUUCGGAGGUGGAGGAGGCGGUGGCAGCGGCGGCCGAGGAGGAAAUGGUGGUCCACCAUCCACAUCUUAUGGUACACCAAACGGAGGCGGUGGAUUCGGAGGUUCCGGUGGUGGUGGUGGUGGCUUUGGGGGAGGAAGCGGAGGUUCCGGUGGUGGGGGCUUUGGGGGAGGCAGUGGCGGAUUCGGUGGUGGAGGCUCAGGUGGAGGAAGACCAUCUGAUAGUUACGGUCCACCAGCAUCCGGAAAUGCCGGGUCAGGCGGCGGUGGAAGGGGUGGAUCCGGCUCCGGGGGAUUUGGAGGAGGCAGACCUUCAGAUAGUUACGGUCAACCCCCACCUCCACCGGGUGGUGGCGGUGGUUUCGGAAAUAAUGGCGGUACACCGUCAGACAGCUAUGGUACACCCCUUACAGGAAAUGGAGGAAGAGGAGGUGGUGGUGGAGGUUCCGGAGGUGGAGGCAACGGAUUUGGUGGCCGGCCAUCAGAUUCCUAUGGACCACCAUCAGGUGGAAACAAUGGUAGAGGAGGAAAUCAAGGUGGGGGAAGACCAUCAGACACGUAUGGAACACCGUCAGGAGGUGGUAAUGGUAGAGGAGGAAAUCAAGGUGGUGGCGGUGGUAACAACGGAUUCGGAGGUUCAGGAGGUGGAAGACCAUCGGACAGUUACCUCCCACCAGGAAGCGGAAGUGGAAACGGAAACGGAAGGGGAGGCUCCGGAGGUGGUAGACCAUCUGAUUCUUAUGGACCACCUUCCGGUGGUGGAAAUGGUGGGAAUGGAGGAAACGGAGGGAGAGGUGGUUUCGGUAAUGGUGGUUCCGGAGGUUCUGGUGGUGGAAGACCAUCAGACUCUUAUGGACCACCCUCCGGCGGUAAUCGAGGUGGUUCCGGAGGUUCCGGUGGUUCAGGUGGAGGAAGACCAUCUGAUUCUUAUGGACCACCUUCCGGCGGAAAUGGCGGUUUCGGUGGUGGUAGAGGAGGUGGUGGAGGUUCGGGAGGAAGUGGAGGAGGUGGAGGGAAUGGAGGAUUCGGAGGUGGUGGAAAUAGUGGCGGUUUCGGUGGAGGAGGGAGGCCAUCAGAUUCUUACGGACCACCUAACGCCGGGGGCGGUGGUGGUGGUGGUGGAAGGGGAGGUGGUGGAAAUGACGGCUAUUCUUCUGGCGGCCCUGGAGAUUUCGGAGGAGGCGGAUCUGGAUCUAGUGGUUACGGUGGAAAUGCCGAAGAAGAGAGCAAUGAACCAGCGAAAUAUGAAUUUUCUUAUGAAGUGAAAGAUGACCAGUCAGGAAGCACUUUUGGACACACAGAAACUCGAGAUGGAGAUAGGGCGCAAGGCGAGUUCAAUGUAUUGCUUCCGGAUGGUAGGAAACAGAUUAUAGAAUAUGAAGCCGACGCUGAGGGUUUCAAACCACAAAUAAGAUAUGAGGGAGAAGCGAACACGGGAGGUGGUGGUGGAGGCGGUAGUGGAGGCUAUCCUUCUGGAGGACCAUCCGGAGGUGGCGGAAAUGGUUAUCCUUCUGGAGGUCCUUCAGGUGGUGGUGGCUUUGGAGGUAGUGGAGGUAGCGGAGGAUCCGGAGGAUUUGGAGGUAGUGGAGGCGGUAGUGGUGGUUAUCCCUCUGGAGGCCCAGGAGGUAAUUCCGGAGGUGGUUUUGGAGGAGGUAGAGGUGGUGGACAAGGCGGCAACUCCGGAGGUGGCUUUGGAGGAAAUUCCGGUGGCGGUUUUGGAGGAAGCGGAGGUGGUAGUGGCGGUUAUCCCUCCGGAGGUCCAGGAGGUAACUCCGGAGGUGGAUUUGGAGGAAGUGGAGGUGGUGGACAAGGCGGCAAUUCCGGAGGUGGCUUUGGAGGAAGCGGAGGCGGCGGUUACCCUUCAGGAGGUCCAGGCGGAAAUUCCGGUGGUGGAUCCGGAGGAUUUGGAGGUAGGGGAGGCGGUUCAUCCGGUGGAAACUUCGGAGGAGGUGGUGGUGGAGGAGCAGGAGCAGGAGGAUAUCCACGAGGUGGUCCCGGAGGAAAUGGCGGAAAUUCAGGAGGAGGCUUCGGAGGAAACGGAGGUCAAGGUGGAGGUGGAAAUCAAGGCUACCCUUCAGGAAGACCUGGUGGUGGUGGUAAUAAUUUCGGGGGUGGCCAAGGAGGCGGAGGUCAAGGAGGCGGUUAUCCUUCAGGUAGUGGAGGUGACGCUGCAGCCAAUGGAGGAUACCAAUACUAAAUGAGUUAAUUCUAAUUAAACGAAUGUUUCGGAUGUAUUAUAGAGCUACAAAGGUUGCUCAUAACAUAGUCUCACGACACCGCAGUCCUGUAAUUAUUUUGGAUACGGUUGUUUGAAUCUGACGAGUGAUGUUUGAACUGAAGUGAAAGGCAUUAAUUACUUAGCACUAUUCAAAGAUCUAAUUAGCCAUUAAAUUGAGAAGACGUCCACAAGGGCAAUUUAUUCAACAAUCUUAAUUAAUAACCAAGAAUAGUACAAGUAAUACUCAACAAUUUUCAAUUCCUUUUUUUUUAAUUCUUAAAAAUAAUUGAAAAAUAAUUGAAAAAAAUAAUUGAAAAAUUGUUUCUAAAUAUUUUAAAGAGGCAAUCUCGUCAAAUUCAACAAAUCCUAUAAAAUGGACUACUGUGAUAGUGAACGUAAUAGAUGCAUUUAUGUAAGAAUUUAUCGCGACAAGAAUCUGCGAAAUUUUGUUCAAUCAAGUGUUUGACGAAAAUGAUACCUAGCUGAACUAUUUAGUCUAAAUAAUGUAUAAUCCUCGCCCCUCUCAAAUAUUUCGUCGUCACAUGAUAUGAUCGAACACAGAUAGCAGAUUAUUAAUGUUUCCUGUAGACAAGAUCGUAUUUUAUUUAUUUAUAAAAUAUACACAAUUUGUUUAUAGAAACCUAAAUGUAUAUGUAGUUUAUAGCGCAAAAAACAAUCCGCAUAAAUAAAGAAUGCGGUCAGCCAUAACUUGUGUUCAUUUCUUUUUAUUGAUCACCUGUCAAAACGCUUGUUAACAAACUGAUGAGAGUGCUCACCCACAGUUUAAUUACAAAUUCAAUACACUUUUUGUAUAUGAAUAAAUUGGCAAUCUGUUUAUGGAUCUCGAAAUAUUAUUCAAUGUGUACACGCAUU